AUGGCGGAAAAUGGCACAGAAUUUCGCGCCGUAACUGUUCACCAGUCGUUCCACGCCGAAUUCAUCGUCUUGUCGUUUGUUGUUAGCCUCGUCGGGUGUGCCACAUGCCUCGAGCUCCUGCACCGACGAACUGCCCGUCUUGGGCUCUAUAACUGGUACUUGUUGAUCGCUGCGGCCGUUUGCAUGGGAGGUAUUGGAAUAUGGUGCAUGCAUUUUAUCGGAAACUGCGCCAUACGGCUGCAUCGAGACAACCUACAGUACCAGAUUUCUUAUAGCUCGUCGUUCACAGCCACCUCGUUCUUCCUGCCGAUUGGGGUCCUCCUCUUUGCGUUCUACUUUAUCGGCGCUAGCGAAAGAGCAGGCUAUCUGUAUAUCGUCGCUACCGGGACUCUCACCGGCGUUGCUGUCUGUGGUAUGCACUAUGUCGGGCAACUAGGGAUUGCCAACUAUAGCUGCACCUACGAGAUCGGCAAUGUAGUCGGCGCCGCCGUUAUUGCUAUCUGCGCCAGUAUUACUGCGCUGGGAGUCUUCUUCCGGCUUCGGGCAUCAUGGACGGACAACUGGUGGAAACGGCUCUGCUGCGCGUCAAUUCUGGCCAGUGCUGUGUCCGGAAUGCACUGGACUGCAGCUGUGGGAACCGUGUAUCGGGUGACGGACGAUAUCGGCACGAUCGGGCAGCUCUCAUCAUCGCAGGCUGUUAUCAUCUGCUGCACACUGUCUUUGAGCUCGUGCUUUUUCCUUAUUUGUCUCGCCGUUAUUGCCGGCCGACAACGUCAGAGAGUGGCUAAAAGAGUACAGCAGCUGUCUCUCGCCUGUGCGUUUUUCGACUCUUCUGGCAGUGUCAUGGUGGCACCUGAUGGCAGUAUCCCAACUCACAAGAUAACGAAUCAUUACGUUGAACGAAGUUUCGCCGAUGAUGAAUUCAACCGAGUGCACCCAGCAUUCCUCUGGGCGUUCAGAGCAAGCCGGAAUUGGCCCUAUUUGAGACAGUUCGUACAGGGCAUGAGUUACUAUAUCAAGUCGGAUGAGUCUAUGAAGCAGUACUGCCCAGGUGCCGGCACUACCCCGGACACAGGCGAUAACAACGUCGACUUCGAGCUCAUUUUCAAGCAGCUUUUUUGUAUGGCUGCACAGGGCCUUUCCGACGAGUUGCGACUGCCACUCGACAAAUUGGGAGUUCUGUACGAUGAUGUCCUAUUGACGGGAACCCAAGCCUUGAAAUCUCGCAUCAAGGAUACCGAAUCUCCGCCAACACCCUCGACGGUCGUGGGAAAGGGACAAUGCAUAUUUAUAGUACGCCAGCUCAGCAAACAGGAGUCCAUCGAGCUGUCGAUGGGGGGGUAUCGUUUUGCAGCUCCCAACCAUAUCUCAGCUACGUUGGCCAAGUCGAUGCAGGUAGAUCCCAAAGAUAUGUUAAACAACCUAGUACGGAUGCGAGAUUACUCGACUUCCGAGAGGAUGUUAGAUCCAGGUGUCUAUCUCGUGGGAUUUUCACUAUACCCCUCUGUCUGGACGGGGUUCGACGUCCUGGUGUAUGGAGACGCUCCGAACCUACUUCCUAAUGUCCGGCUACCGAUUGAAUCCGUAUCCCAACUACAUUUGGAUAUAUUAUCUAGAAUGGAUGGGUGGCCGCUGUCUCUCUGUUUGAAGUGGCUAAAGGCCAACGGUGGCUACGAAGACCCCGAGGCCCAGGCUUUCUGUCAAGCAAUGUACGGGGCCGCAUCGAACCUCUCUGCCUCUAUUGAUAGUCCGACCUUUGGUCAGGCCAAAUUCUCCUCCCAGCGGAUAAACAUUCCCUGCAGGUCGCCAGGCCGCCCGCAAGCGGCUGGAGAAUGCGUCGCAUUCUCAUUUCACAUUAUAAACGGGCUACUUACCCGUACCACACCACCACACCUACGCCUUACUCCGCUGCGGCUGUUCAACGUCCAGCAGCAGGUCUACCCUGGUAUUUCAGACCACGAAGUGUUCCGGGAGAGUCUGAGGGACGAGUUUUCCCACUGUCUCUACGGCGAGGGGACGAAAUUAGGCAAAUUACCCCCUCCACCAUCCACAGCAAGGUCGAUGUCGUUACGAAGCUCAACCCUGAGUCGACCAGGGGACGAGGACUCGAAGAGCAUAGCGACGGUCCAGGACCAGCAGGAUCCCUGGCGGCCUGCGCACGGUGGCAUCGUGAUCCGCAACCAAAUUACGGUUGAUGUGGUGCAGAAGGACGAACAGGCAUUAUACAAUAAUGACGGCUACGAGAUGCAGAACCUCGGAGCUACUGUGGAAGCAGGGUAUGCCAAAGAUGAAAGUGAGACCUUCGUUGAUGAGCUCUGCGCGAUCUGUCGAAAAGCGGCGGCCGAGCAAGACCGGGUGAAUAAUUAA